AUGGCAGCCGAGAUGGAAAAGCGAGGAGGGUCUUCAUUUUAUGAAUCCCUUGAUGAUAAAUUGGCCCAUUACACCCUCCUGGCACUUGGCUGUGCUGCUGCGGCUUAUUAUAUCUGGCAGCUUGCAGUUCGAUUCUCAAGUCAUCUCCGAAGAUUGUCCACAUUUGGUGAUCAAAGCCAACGGUACUAUGUCCAGGCAAACGAAAGAUUCUCCUGGGUGAAGAACCAUGUUAUAUACGCUCCGCUUUUUCGAACUCGCCACAACCGUGAAUUUCAACUUUCUCAGGCCUUGAAUAUGGGAACCUUGCCCAGUCGCUUCCACGCGGUUUUGGUUGUCGGUAUUGUGGCGAUGAAUGUUGCGCUGUGUGUGGUUACUGUUCCCUAUGGAACGGAAGAAGAUACUGUGGCUGGCAUUGUUCGUAAUCGCACGGGAACUAUGGCCACAGUCAACCUCAUUCCUCUGGUCUUGAUGGCCGGUAGAAAUAACCCUCUGAUCGCCAUAUUGCAGGUUCCCUUUGAUACCUGGAAUCUCCUGCACCGAUGGCUUGGACGCAUUGUGGUACUGGAAGCUCUCGCACAUACCUUCGCCUGGAUGGUCCCGAAAGUCCAAGAAGGAAGCUGGAGCGUAGUUGGGGAGGCCCUCGCAGGGAGUAGCUUCCUGCUGUCCGGAUUGGUGACAACCUGCGUUUUAACUGCAAUCUUGGUACACUCGCCGUCGCCAAUUCGACAUGCUUUUUACGAGACCUUUGUUCAUUUCCAUUUCGCGCUGGCCGCUGUCUCGAUGGGCUUUCUUUGGGUCCACCUAAACGGAAUGGUAGCUCAGAAUUAUUUGCUUGUCGCUAUUAUACUCUGGGCACUUGAGCGCGCUACUCGUCUCUUGAUCAUUGUGUACCGAAAUGUUGGAUACAACUCGACCACUGCCACCGUCGAGGCAAUGCCAGGUGACGCAAUGCGUGUUACUCUCAGAUUGGCGCGUCCUUGGACAAUCCGUCCCGGUCAACACAUUUACUUGUAUAUGCCUGCCAUUGGAUGGUGGACUUCACACCCUUUCUCGGUCAGCUGGAGUGAAUCCGAAGAAGUUCUUUCAGAUGAGAAGGCAUUGCCUCUUGCCCAGCAGGACCUCCUUCGGACCCCCGAAAAGACAACCCUCUCUCUGUUGAUUCGUCGCCGUACUGGUAUGACUGAUAAACUCUUCCAACGAGCCGUCAACUCCAUCGGAUCUCGUGUCACCCUUCGAGCUUUUGUCGAGGGCCCUUACGGUAAUAUCCAUUCGAUGGAUUCGUAUGGUACUGUGAUGCUAUUCGCUGGCGGUGUUGGCAUCACACAUCAUGUACCGUUCGUCCGUCACCUCGUUGCUGGCUUUGCAGAAGGCACGGUCGCAACACGUCGGCUUACGCUGGUGUGGAUUAUCCAGUCUCCGGAGCAUCUUGAAUGGAUUCGUCCAUGGAUGACCCGUAUUCUAGCGAUGGAUCGUCGUCGCGAGGUGCUUCGGAUUAUGCUGUUCGUCACUCGCCCGCGCAAUACAAAGGAGAUUCAGAGUCCAUCGGCCACCGUGCAGAUGUUCCCUGGUCGACCAAAUAUUGAUACGCUUGUGGCUAUGGAAGUUGAGAAUCAGGUUGGAGCGAUGGGAGUUCUCGUUUGUGGCAAUGGUGGUCUCAGCGAUGAUGUUCGUCGUGUGUGCCGAAAGAGACAAUCCCAUACCAAUCUGGACUUUGUGGAGGAGAGCUUUUCUUGGUAG